AUGUGGUUUGUUGUUUGUUGUUCCAUUCGUAUUACCAACACUCAGAAUGGCUGCUACUACUGCUGGUGUUUCAUGGUGGUUGUCGUUUGCCUAAUGAUUCGAAAGACAGUGUCGCUUAUGAAUUAUGUUCAGGCCCAUCAGAAUGUUUUUCGCCAAUUGGUUGAUUUGAUUGGAAUCACAUCCAUUAUGGAGGUUUUGGUUCGAUUACUAGGUGCCGAUGAUCAUGUGUAUCCCAACUUUAUUGAUGUGAUGCAAUGGUUGGCCGAGAGCAACCUGCUUGAGAUGAUUGUUGAUAAAUUAAGUCCAUCUUUUUGUCGCAAAAAUUUUGGGCUAUGCAUUGGAAGAUUCCCAAUCAAAGUCUAG